AGUCUAGACCAUAAAAGAAGACUGUCCCACACGGAAGAGCCGCUGCAGGCGUGAUGUUUUCCCCUAGAUGAUGUUUUUGUCAAUUUUUAUACAUUUCAGCGGGAGCUACAACCGGCAGUGAACGUGCGGGCCGCGUAAUUGCACGAGAAACAUCCGGGAAACACUCCAUCUUUGUCGGUCAGUGCAGUUAGCGGGCGAUGGGGGACAGUCUAGCCCCGAGAGAAGCAGCCCGUCCGCGGAGAGAGUCCUACGGUGGUGGGGCUCAGUAUAGCGGUCAAAACCAGCAGAGACAUGACGAGGACUUGCAGUGGAUUCGGACUUACCGGGAGAACCACGGAGCUCCGGAGAGGUUGGACGGAGAGGGUGCGAGGGUUGCGGAAAGGAGACUUUCCGUGCCUCCGCAGGUCGUCCACCAGCGCCACAUGCCUGUAGGAACCCAGAAAUUUCACAUUCCGAGGAAAACUAAAGAGAAACUAGCCCUGUUUCAGCCACUGUCACAUGAGUCCAGAGAGUAUGAGGACAUGCUCACGGUUCUGACCUCUGGGUACCUGGACUCUGCCUCUGCUGGCUCCUUCAACUACAGCCAACCGCGCCUAGUCCACAGCGAGACUCUGGAGAAGGAGUUUGUGGAGAAGCGAAAAGAACUGAAGGCUGAUGGUAGGACAGAGAAGGAGCUGGAGGAGAGCUACUGCUUCUUGCUGUGUGACUCCUUUAAGCUGCAGAGGCUGUGUGAGAAAGGCCUGUUUGUGGGUCAGAGCAAGAUAACAGUCCUCGGAAACCCACAAAAAGGAGUUUACCUAUCCAGAUGUUCAGACCUGCUGCAGCUCAGCCCAUUCACCCCUGGAGCCAGUGGAGAAAUACUCAUCUUCAAAGUCAUCAAGGGGAAGGUGAAGAGCAUAUAUGAAAACAUGAAGAACCUUCUGGACCCCACGCCACGUUUCGACUCCCAUCUGUCCAAAAACAUCAGUAAAAUCACCUCUGUCAUGUCGUACCGAGCCUUUGAACUAACACAGCAUUAUUUCUACGAGUACUCCUUUGAUGAGCUGCGGGAACGUCCUCGGCAGGUCUGUCCCUAUGCUGUGGUCUCCUUCCAGUUCAAAGGCAAAGACACGCCCCUCACCAGCAAACCCAUGGCUCCACUCAGGUUGAACAGCCAAUCGUCAGACAAAAGCCAAGAGCACGCUCAGUUCACCGUUUGGAGCGGGGACCUGGUCAAAGACGACAAAGUGCUCUUCCAGAUUUCACUGCAAUCUUCGUCUCCUCCUUUUCUUCCUCAUAAACUACCUGAGCGGCUAGAGAUGAAGUGGGCAAUGAGAUGGGACCAGGCCACAAGGCGUCUUCCUCAAAGUUUAUUUUCCUACAACCUUUACAGCAGUGGUCAGGAAGUGGUAAAGGAUGGAUUUUACUGCAGUCUCUUGGAGGUGGUGGACAGGAAUCGCUCGAUGACCAGUAUCACCAAACUGCUGCUGGAGCUGGAGACCAAAGCUGUGGCUUUGGUGACUCCACUGACAGAGAGGGGCUUUCUAUUCAUACUCUCAAGUGUUCAGAUGGCCACGGCUCACGAACGAGGGGAGAACUGGAAGAGGAGUCUGCAGGCGCUGUUUGUGUUUCCUGAGACGAGAUGCUCCAAAUCCACUCCUCAGUGUGCCUCCGAACCCUCUCCAGACCUGGUCACUGCUGACUCGGUGAUGCCUGGUAUGAACCACUUUGUGCCCGCUCUCCACUUUGCCCUAGGAAAAUCCCGAACCAACCCACCUCCAGAGCUGUCGACAGGAGUGGAGCAACAGGCCCGGGAAUACCUCAGCGGGAUCAAGGAAGGAGUGUUGCUCCCGUACCCAGUGGGGCAGUAUGAUGCAGAGCUGGAGCAGACUGGGCGCCAGUACCCGGUGCCCAUAAUGCACAGACUGAGGCUGGACUCGUGUCUGCAGCCUUACCUCCGUGGACCUGCCCAGUACCUGCUGCUUCUGUCCCGAGUCAGAGCCAUGGUCCAACAGCUGUGUGCCUGCCCUCAGAGACCACUGCUCCAGCGCAGAGUGCAGCACUCUCAGGGCGACCAGAAGAUGCAACAGCUCAUAGAUCUGGUUCUGUCGUGUAAGAGGAACGCUGAGAGGGAGGUACAGAGCGAGAUGAAGAGCGGAGCAAGGAAGAGGAAGAUGGUGGAGCAGGAGAUGGCACAGAGGACCAUAAAGCACCUGAAGGCAUCGCAAGAGCUACAGCACCUGAAUGUGCAAGAAAAUACAGAAGUUGCCUCCUCCUCUCCCGGCUCCCUCACCUCUCUGAUUGGUUCGGUUGGUUUGAAGGACACAGAUUUAAGGGAUGAGGGAUCUGAACUGGCCGCAAAACUCCUCUCUCUUCUCACAAGUCUGAACCAAACCGCAACCAAUCAAAACACUUCUGACCCACGGGAGGCGGGACCAAAGGAAUCGUCACCAUUUGAUAGGCUGGCUCUCAAACUGGGGCUGCCCACGAACUGUGAUAUUGACCUGCGCAAACAUGACGACUUUGAGGGGGGCAGUGUGAGCAGUCAGGAGGGGUUUAGUCCAGUCAGCUCUUUCAGCGGAGACCCCAGAACUGCCCACAGAGACCAGGACAACUACCGAGACCAGGACUGGGGUCUAGAACAGAACCCGAGGAGAGCCAGGACAGCGCCACCUGCUGUCUGUGAAAAGGAGGACCCCCUACAGCCAGAGAUACCCUGGAUCCUCAUCCCCAUCACAGGCCUUCCCCUGAAGCACUGCACCCGCAAAGACACAGAUCUCCCUCGGGACCCACGUGUCCAUCAACUAGUCCCUACGGCGCUCCCCAUGGAGAUGAUCACCACAGCGACCACCACCUGCAGCCCCGCCCCUUUUGUGCCCUCUGCCCCCUCCUCUCCAGACCCCAGCCCACCCGCCUCUCCGUCCCUGUGCCCCUCUCCCGAUCCCAGCCUGCCUCCGUCACGCUGCCCCUCCCCUGAACUAGAACAACAAACCUCCUCCCCAAAUCCAAGUCCAAGGUCCUCCCCUGGUCCUGUUCUAGAGCCAUGUUCUGCCCCAGAGCAUGAGGUGAUGUUCAAUGACCCCCGGGAGAGUGAGGAACUCUUAGUCUCUGGGGACACAGCAGCAGAACCACCUCCAGAAACCCCAAUCGCCCUCUCCCCAGUUGCCUGCACCUCUACAGAUCAGCUCAGCCCGAGACCUCCCACGCCCACAAAAACAAUAGAUUUAAAAGAAGAGAAAAUGCGCGACGCUGAAACUCUGUAUCGUAUAUCUCCCCUUCUUCCACUUCAGGACAUUGACUCCAUUGUAAACCGCCAUCAGGACUCCUUUAGCUUUGAUGUACAGAGCAUUUUACAAAACCAACACGUCACCUACACUUUCCCCCAAUCUCCUCACUCUACAUCUCAACCUCAACACACAGCUAGCACUGCGUCCAUCGCGCGAUUUUCACAAUACGUUUCCUUUUACCAUCCAUGUCCGCCUGUCCAACGCUACGUCAGCUCACUACAAAGACAAAUCACUGGUGUUUUAAAUGAUUAUGAAAACAAUUGGACCCCUAACAUACCUGAUACCACUACAGCAACUAUUGCUACUACAGAUGCUACUUCUACCCCAGACCUAGCUAGCAGGAUUAGUGAGUUUGUGGCUAGCAUAAGAGCAGCUAACAAUGAUGACAAUGAGGGAGAUGUACUUCCUCAAUCUAGGAAUUGGCAAACUGACUCUGAACAGGAAGUUGCUACCUCUUCAAUGGACUGUGACAAAGACUUUAUUGAAAAAACUAUACAAAAAAAUGAUGUUCGUUGUAGUGAUAUUGAAACUGACCUUGAUAUAAGCAAUAAUGGAAGGAGACAAGUCCAGUUUGGAAGUAACCAUAUUGAAAUUUGCAUAAGGAAUGAACCAGUGGCCCACAGCAGUCACAGCAGAAGAGACAUUGAGGAUGUUGAGGAUUUGACUCCUGAAUCGCCACCAGGGAAUUCAGACCAAAAUGCAUUGAAUUCUCUGAUAAACCAGUUACAACCUGAGGUUUUCACGACUUUGGUGGAAAUCAUCAAGGAUAUAAAGAGGAACGCACAGCACUACUACAUCCACUGCCCCGAAGAGGAUGACUACACCAUUCAGCAGAUCAGGGCUCAGUUGUCGCAGCAGUCCUACAUUGAGCAGAGUCCAGUUGUGUUUUUGAAUCAAGAGGAAAGCUCCAACAGGAAACUGCUGGUGAUCAUCAAAAACCAGGACAUUGCAGCCCACAUCCACCAGAUCCCGGAGCUGCUGUCCCUGAAGAAGAGUCCCUCAGUGCAGUUUUUGGGCGUGGACAAAGCUGACGACCUGAGGAACCACAGCUGCCACGAGCUGUUUGCCUCUGGGGGGCAGGUGCUGUCUGAUGAGAUGGUGCUCAACCCGGACUUUGUUUCACACGAGAAACUGUCCGCCCUGCUGUCUGUCUUGGAGAAGCACAGUUCUCCAGAAAACCUGUGGAGAUGGAAGGUUCACGGCAAAACGCACAAGAAACUCAAAGAACAAUCUAGGUUCCGCCGGGAUGCUGCAAGCCUUUUGGAGGUGCUGAUGUCAUUCCAGAAGCAUCAGAUCGUGGAGUUUCUGCCGUUUCAUGAAUGUGACAUGUCCCAUGGCCCUGAACUGUUGGACUGUGCUGUGGAGCUGCAGAGAAUGUACACCAGCUUUAGACACACACUACUGCUUACAGAAAACUGUCUGGUGAACAGUUCUGGUGGAGGAGUCAUCGUGUGUCGGAUCGACGAGUUCCUUCAAGAUUUCAGGAAGCUGGUUGGUUAUCAUGACGAUGAUAUCCAGGAGCCAAUCAGAGAUGAGUCUCAGUCUACUGAAGACCCAUCUCAGUCUGGCCCUGUCCCGUCUGAAGAUCUGGUUUCUGGGUAUGGUCUGGGUUCCAUCCCUCUGCACUCGGAGCAGGACUUCGAAGUUCUGCACCGUGCCAUCUCACAGCUCCGAGCCGAGAGACAGCAGCAGCUCAGAAACAACCAGAGUGAUACCACUAGCGAAGGACAGGGGGCAGUGUCUACUACUGAUGAAUCUGCAACUGAUCUGACAGCAUCUGUGACCACCACAGAGCAGAAGCCCGGUACAACACCAACAGACAAAGUUUCCAAUAGUGAUGGUGCACAGCUGACACCAGGACGAAAAGCAGUUGCUGCUACUUUAGACCUGAUCCAUUCAACGCUGCACCUGACCAACGAAGACCGGACUAAAGACCAGACCAGAAUUCAGACCACAGACUCUAUACAAGAUAGGAGAAGUCCAGCUAUUCAAAUUUGUGCUAUAGAAGAGGAUACAAACAUGACAACAGUCCCCAUAAACCAGAACAGAUAUUCAGAGACCCAAGUCACUAUAGGCCAGGAUAAGAAUCUGGAAGUACGAAGUCCACGCUCAGUUGAAACCCAGUUAUCCAUAGACUGCAAGAAAAGUCCAGAGACCCAAGUUCAAAAAGCCGUAGAAACAAAUGGAAGAGAAGAGCCCACAACCAGCAGUGGAAGUCAGGGGAGCUCCGUGCCUUCAGAGUUCCAGAGAGGGGUCACUGUUUCUGGGAAGUCUGAACCAGUGACUGCCACUCUACAUCCACCAGCUUCGAACAAGAGUCUGAGCCAAAGCAAAGUCGAACAGGAGAAAACUACGACUCCCAACAGCACUCCAGAGAGAAGAACCAAGAGAAAGAGAAAACGAAGGGGAAACGCGCAGCAAGAUGACCCCAAUAAAAUAAACAUUUCAAAGAACCCAGGUGUUCUACAGCUGGCCACUGCUACUAGAUGUAAACUAAAUCACUGGACACUGAAUAAUCCGAAUCUUUGGGAUACUAUUGGAUUGGUUCGAGAAGGUGGUAUUCCAUUGCGACCCCCAUUUCAACCCUAUAAUGAAGAGAAAUUCAAGGAUUUAGUCUUGCAAAGUACAUUGAGGAAGGUGGUGCAGUCUGCACCCAGAGCCCCCCUCUUAGACUGGUGUCCAGCAAGGGUCGUGAUUUAUGACAUGCGCGAGGGACCAUGGGCUGUAGUGGAGAAGGUGCAUGGUUCCACUCUGACGCCUAUGGUUUUUCUGUUCGGACAAUACAGCAUUCCCAUAAACCGGCGCACGUUUGUUCCUCAAAUGUCCUAUCAGCCCUUUUAUGAAGAUGGAAGUGAUAUGAUGAUGUAUUUCUAAUUUGAUACAUUUCUCUCAAAUAUCAGAGAAAGUGGUCCAACAAGUCAGUGUGGCAAGCUAACAUUUGUUUUGCAGUAUAUAUGUUUUAAAGUGGGUCUAUAUGCUUAAAAUGCAAAUGACAGCUUUUCAUGUUUUUUCUAAUUAUUGCUUGGUUGGUUGGGAUCAGUUAAGUGGCAGUUUGAUGGCAUAGGUAGAGGUAUUCUGUUGAUCUUUUAUUCACAAAGUGUAGGGACAAUUUACAUGCAAGGAAGGCAUUUUUCAAAUUUAAACCUUCAUUACAAAAUAAAUGUGUUGUCAUUUUAUUAGGCUAGUCUUAUUGUAAUCUAGGUAGGUUUUGGCUCAUUAUGGUUGCUAGGUAACAGUUAUGGAAUUACUUCAGUCACAUCUGUUGCCCAUGUCCAACCAGGAAGUAAAAUUAUAAACUUACUUUUUUUUUUUUUUUAAAUACAAGAAACUAAUUUGUCAUAUACACUUUAAACUGGCCCACAGCCAGAGACCAAUUAAGCUUGACUGUGGCUGUGGACGGAGGACUAAAGGAGGGAGGAGAGACGGGGCCUGGACCCAAGAGGUGAUUGAUCAGACACAUAAACACUUCAAGCUCUGCCCCUGCAAGUGUUUCUGAUGAAGAGCAGAAGCUGUGAUGUCACAGGCCUCUAGAAUUAGAUUGAUCACUGGAGGCAGCAUACACUCAGUUUUAGACCCUUUUAGACCACAAAUCUAUAAAUUAACCUAUUUGCAAGUCCCACUUAAAGAUAGAGGUGGCAUGACAUUUUUAACAAUUUUUCACAAUUGAAAAAAAAAAGCCUCGAAGUGUGUUUGUUUAUUGAUCCUAGUUGAAUAAAUAUGACUUUUCAAUAGAGCUUAUAUUUUCAUAAUCAAAAUCAUACCCUGCGUUCCAAAUUAUUAUGCAAAUUUUGUUUAUGUGUCAUAAAGGUAAAUGUUUUAGUUUUUUCAGUAAAACUCAUGGAUAGUAUUGUGUUUCAGGGCUCUCGGUCAGUGAAAUCAAUCUCAGACACCUGUGCCAAUUUCUUUGCCAGGUAUGUCCAAUUAAAGGAAAAACUACUUAAGGAGGACAUUAUUAAGCAG